AUGCGACUUUCUGAUGAUGUUAUGCCCGAUACUUAUCGGAAGAGGCGAAAAUCUAAUGACUCGUUCGAAAGGGUCAAGGAUGUGACGGAAAGGACCAAACCGAAGAAAAAGAGGAAGAAGCACGGAUACUUCGACCGAGACGAUCCAGCAAACGCCAGGGAACGAUCGGAAUUCUCGGACGACGAUGAAAUUGAGAUCAUUUCGGCUUUUCGGGCUCGAUUCAGCAAGAAAAGCGAUUCUGAUGGAGGCGUUAAAGGCGAGAGUACGAAUGCGAAUGGAUCGGAAGAGGCCGGACCGAGUUCGAAGAACGAGAGGCCAAUUAUCAUUGAUGAUCGCCGAAGAAAUGGUUCACGACAUCAGGAACGCAAAGGAACGAAUGAGCGAAGCAUCAUCCGAAUCGACCACCGAUUCAGGGGAGGAUACGAUAGAAACGACCGAAGAGGCAGACAAAGAUCUCCCAAGCGCUCGAAGAAUGACUCUACUAGACGCGAACGACAUGAAAGAAAGGCCGACCAGAAUGAUGAUAACUGGCGAAAGUAUGAGCUGUGCAAAUAUUACUUAGCUGGUACUUGCCGAAAGGGAGAGCGAUGCCAUUACAUGCAUAAGAAUUAUCCAUGCAAAUAUUACCAUAUUUCGAAAAAUUGCGAAAAUGAUAACUGCAUUUUCUCGCAUGCGAAAUUAGAUGCCGUAACUGCCAAAAUCAUCGAGAAACACAAGUCAGACUUCUUCGUGGCCGAUGACUCCGUCGAGCUUGAAUUUAUCAAGAACCAAGGAUUCGAUCCUCUGCCAAGGCCUCCAGUGGGCGUUCCUCUCCUUCCCCCACCUUCUGAAAACGCCACCACCAAUCUCUUUGAUCUUGAUGACAUCUUUGGAGUUUCCGUCGAGGAAGAGUUGAUGGAAACUAGCUCUGAGAUGUCAAAUAAACCCGGAAGCUCCAAGCCAACUGAGGGCAGUGCCGCGUCCGUUGGCUGGAUCAAGUUUGCCUGGCAUGACAAAACGGAGCCAGUCCCCAUGACUGGAGACGGCGGCUUUGCAGAAAGGUUCUCUCCUUCUCCUCCACCUCCAAUCAAACCAUUGGGCUUCCAAAAAGGUUACGAUGAUCGAUUUUCGUCAAUUGACAAUCCUUACGAUAUGCCUCCAAUUCGGAGAUGUCUACAGCCAUCCCCUCCUCGAACUCAAUCCCCGGUUCAAAAAGAUCACGAUGUUCUCGAAACAUUCAACGGCCAAUACAAUGAGCCCAAGAGAUUGACUCUUGAUUUCAGCCAAUAUUUUCGAGACCCUUCGGAGAAAACUCCAGUCCGUCGAUAUCGGCGGCCAUCUAAGCCUUGCGAUCCCCGACUAGAGACCGCCCAUAUUCCAAUGACAGUUUCUGGCGAGGUUCAGGAUCCGCGCUUGUUCUUGCCCCGACCAGCGACUCCACCUACUGACUUGCCUGUUCCUGAGCUGAUCGACCUCGUCGAUUUUCGACCCAAGUUUACUCUCAAUGGCAAGCUCUACAAGCAGCAAGAUAAUUGUUAA